AAGUUUACACAUAGUUUUGGGGAGCACAAUUCAAUCCAUGACAUGUAUUUUAGAUUGUCACUAGCAAGCUUUUAAAACCCGAGAAGGUACUCACUCGAGUAGGAUGUAGAACAUUUUCUUGAUGAACUAUGUUAUGCCAUUUGACCUAGGUGUCCCUGAGGCCAUGGUCCCCAGCCAUCAGCCCCAGCAACUUGGUCUCUCAAGGUGUUUGGAUGUGUCUAGGAGAAGUAGGAAGAGGCAGAGGAUAUCCCAGGAACCUUGGACUGUGGAGGUUCCUCUUUUGUGGACAGUCCCUCCCCCUCCCUGCAUGGGACUUCCUGUCAGAACUUCCUUCCCAGACAGACAGAUGGACCCAGAAGCCAGAGGGUGCCAGGUCCAGCUCCUCCAACUGCAGAGAUGCUGCCACUGCUGCUGCUACUGCUGCGGCUGUUGUGGGGGAUCGAGUGUGUUGUGGGCUGGGGGUCCCAGGCAGGGGCUGGGGCUCCCACUAAUCAUCGGUCUCCCAAAGGGUCCCGGCUUCUGGAUGACAGAUACCAGCUGCAGGUGCAAAAUUCCGUGAUGGUGCAGGAGGGCCUGUGUGUCUUCAUACCCUGUACCUUCUCCUACCCCCCAGAUGGCUGGAUCGACUCUGACCCAGUUCUCGUCUACUGGUUCCGGCAAGGGCCCAAUAAAAUCAAUCAGAAACGAGAUGUUCUAGUGGCCACAAACAACCCACAGAGGGAAGUAAAAGAGGAGACCAAAAGCCGAUUCCAGCUCCUUGGGGACCCCCAGGCCAACAACUGCUCCCUGCAGAUCACAGGUGCCCAGAAGAAGGACGGUGGGAAAUACAUCUUCCGGUUGGAGAGAGGAGGGCAGAAGUUCAGUUACAAGGAUACGCUGCUCACGGUGAAGGUGACAGCACUGACAAAUGUCCCCGAUAUCAUCACGGGAUCCCUGGAGUCUGGCUGCCGCAGCCAUGUGACGUGCUCUGUGCCCUGGGCCUGUGACAAGGGGACACCCCCCACCUUCUCCUGGAUGGGCACUGCCCUCAGGUCCCAGGAAUCUCACUCUGAGGCCUAUGACUCCUCAGUGAUCAUGCUGACCCCUGGCCCGGAGGACCAUGGCACCAACCUCACCUGCCAGAUGCGCCCCAGAACCUGACCAUCAGCUUGCUCCGGGGAAAAUGCACAGGUAGGGUCGGAGCCCCCUCCCCGUGACUGUGAUGGGAGCAGGACCCAUUAGGGGGCAGGAGCCCCUGGGGACACAAACGGUUAAGCACUCGAGUACCAGCCAAAAAGUUGACAGUUCAAACCCACCCAGAGGUGCCCAGACAGGCCUGGAGAUCUGCUUCUGAAGGUCUCAGCCUUGAAAACCCUAUGGAGCAGUUCUACUCUGCAAACAUGGGGUCACCAUACAUCAGAAUCGACCCCAGGGCGACUAACAGCAACAUUAGGGGCAUUGAGUUUGUGUUCAUGGUGGUGGAAUGAUUUGGAAAAGGGCAGUGACAAUGGCUGCACAACUUGGAGAAUGUCAUCAGUGACACUGAAUUGUGCAUGUAGGAAGGGCUGAGACGGUAUAUAUUUUGCGGGUCCAGACUUUGAUAAGGAGAGAGAACUACUGUAAUAGGGAGAACACUCAGAAAUCCACCAACGGCUUGAGUUAGAAAGUAUUUUUCUUUUCUAGAGACGAGAGUAAACGAGGCUAGAGAAAAAGUGUGGGGAAGCGGGAUGAUAGGGCGGUGAGCUCGGAUAGUAGCUCAGAGAAUGUUGUACGGUGAGGCUGCCUGUUCUCAGGAGCGAGCAUUAACAAGGGCAGUCCCUGGGUGGGGUAAACGGUUAACACGCUCACCUGCUGACCCAGAAGUUAGUGGUUCAAGUCCACCCAGAGGUGCCCUGGGAGAAAGGCAUGAAGCUCUACUUCUGAAAAUCAGCCACUGAGAGCCUUAUGGAGCACAGUUCUGCCUGACACACACGGGGUCACAAUGAGGGCUGGUUUUCAGCUCUGAUGAGGUUGGGGUGGAAGUGGGGAGUGACUGCUUAAUGGGCGGGGGGUUUCUUUUUAGGGUGUUGAAGACGUGCUAAAGUUGAUUGUGGCAACAGUUGUGCAACUCUGCGAAUAGACUAAAAACUGUUGAAUUGUACACUUUCUGUGGGUGGUAAGGCCCCUGGGUGGCGCAAACAGAUUGCGCUUGACUACUAACGUAAAGGUUGGCAGUUGGAACCCACCCAGCAGCACUGUGGAAGAAAGACCUGGCGAUCUUCUUCUGCAAAGAUGACAGCCAAGACAACCUUACGGGGCACAGUUCUCUGUAACACACAGGGGCGUCAUGAGUUGGAACGGACUCCAU